AUGCCCGUCAUCAGCAUACCUAAGCAAAGAUUAACCAACCCGAACCUUACACAGAUGCCGAAUCCUGGUGGCUUCGCCGGAAGCCGCUUGAAGUUUCUAGAGGGCGAAUUGCCAGCGUACACGAAGGCGGUCGUAAACAACAGAGAGGACGACUUCAUUCUGGACCUUUGGCGGCGAUACUUCAAACGUUAUCCAGUGGACCUGGCGGACAACGUAGAGCCGACAGAAGAGACGCUUGCCAGCGUCAACGAUAACGAGCCAGACGAGGAACUAGAGCCACCCAAAAAGGAGACGAUGACGGAGGAAGAGUACACCAACCAGCUGCUGAAGUUCAACCAGACGAAGGAAGCUAUCGAAAAGAAGAAACAGAAAAUCAAGCGUUGGCUCGCUUAUCGGCAGAAGAAGGUCCCCGACUUAGGGAAAGUCAAGGAUUCGCUCCCCGACACCGACAAUCCCGCAAUCAUCAUGCUGGCGCGGCUUACUGGCGCCAGCAUUUCAAAACCUCGGCUUCCAAUUACCUACAACCCGCUGCCGAAGAAUCUGCAAGCUGCAGAGCGCACACGAAUAAAUAAGGCGCUUUUCAACGCAUUGCCCUUGGACAAGCGUAAGAAGUACAUCGAAAUGGCCAAGAAAGAGGGCGACGAGAAGUUGAACGAGUGGAAGAAUAAGUUGUCUGCGCCCCCGUCCACAGACCCAGAGGAUCGACAAAGGUGCAUUGCAGCCCUUCCGAUUUUUGCCCAGCCCAUUUUGGAUCUCAUUCACGUGCACACCAACAUGCAAGCCACCUUAAUUGUGGGUGGACCUGAGCCUGCUGAUGGAGGUCGUUUAAACAUAAUCAGCAUGCAUGCUGGCUCUAUCAAAGGGCCAGUGGGUAUGAACUUUGGACAGGCAGAGAGGGAAGGAUUUCAAGAGGUCAUAACCCCCCUCUUCGGCCGUUACCUUAGAAAAUGCUACACCAAGUCGGAAUGUCGUGCUCAAGCCCUCCCUUCCUCCAACCCCAUUUUAUCCCAGCUCACGGGCAACGAGGUCUCCGUGCACGGGGCCGAUUGGGACAUAGAUCCUUCGGCUGCUGCUGCAGCCCCUCUCAACUCUGCACCACGCCCUUCUACCCCAGUACCUUUGCGCCCUGCUUCCCCGCUCUCUGCCCAUGGAUCUCCUCCACCCUCCCUACCCGGAUCUCCUCCCCAUUCUCCAGAUCCUAUUCGUCCCAGUGACGCACGCGAAGAGGAGUCCGUUUCUGGAAAGAAAAGGAAGGCUUCAUCAUCGUCUAUCGUAGAUUCUGGUGCAGGGGGUGAGAGGGGCGGGGCUAAAAAGAGGAGGGGCAUCACUUCUGCCAAGGGAAGUCGUGUAGGACAAGGAAAGAGGAUCCGGUCGACGGCCAACGCUGGAGCUCAAGGCAGCAAGUCAGCGCCGUUGACAAAAUCGUCGAUCUCGAAGGUGAAGUCGCCCACUGUGCCUGUUUCUGCCCAGCCACCCAUCUGUGGCUCCUCCAACCCCCUCCCUUCUUGGUUCACCUCCUGUUUGACAAUGCUUCAUUCACAUGACUUGGGCCUCGCAUGGCUGAAACUAGUUGGCCUGUGGGAGGCAUUUGAACAACAGCACAACUUCAAACCAGCGGACAAACAAUCCAACCUCUCCAGCUUCAAACGCCCCCCUUGCAUAGCGGAGUGGUUGAAGAAUGCACACAGGCCUUCUUGGAGGCCCUCGUUCAAGGACGCGGGGGAGGAUUUGACACCCAUCGCCAAGCCUGGAAUAAACGGCCUUCUAAGCGUGAUGGCCGCCCUUUUUUUCUGGGGUGCUUCCUGUGGACCGACGUCGGCUUGGGCAGAACGUCUCGAAGACGUCUCAGUGGCGUUAGCGAACUUAGUUGUACCUCAAGGCCGUUGUGUUCUCUUGUUCCACAUCAACUCUCAAAGCAGGCGGCCACAACAUGUGGCUAUUUAG